GUGAACGUCACAUCCGACCCGGAAGUACUUUUUUUUGGUGCACGUGUAGAAGGCCUGCCGUAGCUGCCAUCAUGGGGAAGUCCAAGCAAAUAGGAAAUCACAAGAAUGACAAGAUGAAGAACAUCGCGAAGAAAUGGAAGACGAAGAGAAGAACGAAAGACCUGGACCAGAUCCACGUGGACAUGAAGCCAGAGACAGCUGCCAAACUGCUGCAUCAGGAGGUGGACUACGACGUGACGGGAUGUGCUCAACACUACUGCCUACACUGCGCGAGAUACUUUGUCGACAUGAGGUCUUUGAAAGAGCACUUCAAAACUAAAAUGCACAAAAAACGGCUGAAGCAGCUCAGAGAGGAGCCCUACACUCAGGCAGAGGCAGAGAGAGCUGCAGGCAUGGGCUCCUACAUCCCUCCGAAAGCUGUUCACGUGACGACGCAGCCUGUGGAAGAGGACAUGGACUGACGCAAAGCUGCCCACUUUAAAGCACGAACCGACUACAUCCACAACAAGAGCAUAAAGAAAUCGGUUCGCGCUUCAGUUAUUUGUUGUUGUCACAAUUCCAGACGCGAAGGCAAAGACUGGUUGUGACAAACAUGGUUGUUUUUCAGCUAGCUGUGAUGGAGGUAUUUAAAUCUGAUUGUUCUGGAUCAGGAAGUCCCAACCACUUAGUCUGAUGUAUGUAUUUGAGUAAUGACACAAAAGGGUCAUUGUGUGCAGUAAUAAUAAACUAUAUGUUAAAAGUUACAUGCACAAGUUUAACAUAAGAAGUAAAAGUUGGAGGGUCUGAGCUUCAGAUGGACCUUUCUGUUUGGUGAAUGUCGAGCUUCGUGGGAUUUGACAGCUAAGUUCACACAACAAGAAUGCAUCAAAGUUUUUAAUGCAAAUGUCAAAAUAAACUUGACAUAUUUAAA